AUGUUGUCACGUUCUCAUUACAGCUGUGCCACAUGGGCGUUGAAUGGCUUCUGUACAAGCAACUUCUAUAGCGUAACCCUAAGACGUCAGUACUGUGCCAAGACGUGCAAUCUUUCCAUAAGGAUGAGAGAAAAACUGUUACUCUAUAGCAGGACUGACGAACUUGCUAGGAAAUCGAUAAUACGAUUGAGAAAUUCUUCGUAUUGUUGUCGAGCAAACGCGAGGUGUUAUAAUUCUUUAUUCACGAAUAAGCUGACGUUUCGGCGGAUUUCGCCUUCCUCAGAGCCUGGAAAGGUCAAGUUGAAAGCAAUCUACUCGGCCAGACGCCUCCAUAACCAAACAAAGAAACUCUAA